AUGAAGAAGAGCAAUUUAGCCAAACGGGGUCCUCAAGAUGUCAACCAACUGUCAUCGCAGCCAGACAAAGUCGGCUGGAUCCGCAAGUUCUGUGGUAAAGGGAUUUUUAGGGAAAUAUGGAAAAACCGUUUCGUGAUACUGAGAGGAGACCAUCUGUACAUCUCUGAGAAAGAGGUGAAGGAUGAGAGGAAAGUCCAGGAGUUGUUUGACCUGGCUGACUACGAACGCUCUGAGGAGCUGCGCAAGGCCAAGAGCCGCAGUAAGAAGAACCACAGCAGGUUCACCCUGCUCCGCUGCAAGCAGCCUGGGAAUAUAGUUCCCAAUCUUGUGUUUUUGGCUGUUAGCCCCGAGGAGAAGGAGUCGUGGGUCAAUGCCCUCAAUACAGCCAUCAUCAAAGCCAAGAACCGCAUUUUUGAUGAGGUUACAAUUGAAGAGGACAGUGUCCUGGUGCACCCUACACGUGAUCGUGCCAAGAUUCCCCAUGCACGGCGCUUGCCCACCCGGGGACAUCUCAUGGCUGUGGCAUCCACCUCCUCAGACGGAAUGUUGACCCUUGACCUUGUCCACGAGGAAGAUGACUCCACCCCAGAAGAUGAGGAAGAAGGCUUCUGGGAAAAUAACUUCAGGGUUGACCUAUACAAAUGGACCACAGGUCGUCAGCGUUCUGGCACAGACGUCUCCAAACUCUGUGUCACCACAAAGGACCUAAAGGUACCCAAGACGAGCAGCCUGCCUCGCGGGAGCGAGCUCUCCUGGGACCGGGCGCACCAUCUUGAGGCUCAAUCCCAUACCCCUCCACCAGGGAAGAGGUUCAGUGCCCAAGGUAGGAGCCGCUGCGCCUCCAUGGACGAGGUCCUUUCCUUGCGGCCAGUCAGGGGUGUCCUUCCCCCUCGCCCCAUAGGUGAACCUGUCCAGCCUGUCGGGCCACUGCAGAGUCUUAUCGCCCAGAAAAUGCAGAGGGCUCAGGAACUGCUGGAAGAAAUGCGAUUGGAGGAACUGCAACGUGCAAAAGGCUUAGACUCGCCCUAUCUAAAGGGCAUUGACUCACCCCGUUUGUACCAUCUAAGAGGCUCUGAGUCUCCUCACUCCAGGGCCUCAGGUUCACCUCGCAGUAAGAGUAGUGACUCCCCUCGUUUGAGGGUGAAAGACUCGCCUCGUUUGAGGGGGAAAGACUCGCCUCGUACGAAGGGCAAGAAGUCCCGCUCAAAAGGUACAGACUCACCCCAUUCAAAGAGGGCUGACUCUCCUAAUUUGAGGGGUAACAACUCUCCCCGUCUCAGGGUUACUGACUCGCCCUGUAUGAAGGGUUUGGAUUCUUCCAGUUUCAAGGAAACAGACUCGCCAAGUCUGAAGGGUUCUGACUCCCCACGUCUCAAGAACAUUGGUUCACCCUUUUCAAAAAGUUUUGACUCAUCAAGUCUGAAGGGUUCUGACUCGCCUCGCAUCAAGGAUACUAUUCUGAGGGGUAAGGACUCGCCAAAUAUAAUUGGUAAGAACUUCCCAAGUCUGAAGAGUAUCGGCUCACCUUCUCCGAAAGGUGCUGACUCGCCCCAUGCUGACUCACUCCAUAGUAAGAGUGCACACUCACUUCUCAGUGACUGUGAUUUGGAGAGUAGACGGGCGGAGGCAGAGCGACUUCUGCAGGAGGCCGUCUCCUCCUGGCGUCAGGCUAAGGAGGUGCUGGAGGAGGUGAAGGAGCUGCAGACACAGUCACUAAACCGCCGCUCUGAAAAGAAGACAACAGACAGGCCCCCAACACCGCCACCGGACUAUAGGCUGGAGGACGCAUGCCUCUGUCGCCACCACAGCUGAAAAGCACGCUGGGUUGUCUCCAAACAAAGAGAAAAUAAAAGAGCACUAGGGGCAUGGAGUGAAUACAUUUUUGUCACGUUUUGUUGUCAUUACAUGCCAGUGUUGAAGUACAAAGCUUUUAGGCUUUAUUGCUCCC